AAUGUGUAAGCCUUGUACGCAGCGCGUCCCUAUUUUUUUACACGUGUCAGAAACAAUGAGAGCGAGGCUGUGAUUGUUCCCAACAUGAACAAAAUGGAAAUUUCUGUAUGAAAUAUUUGAAAACAUUUGACUUUAUUUUACAAGUUUUACCACAAUGAAGAGCUUGUUUUUGCCGUUUUUGUUUGGUUUACUUGUGUCCGCGUUCUUCUCCGUCUCGCGUAGUUCAAACACGGAGAAAAACAGUCCGUUUGGCAUGGGAAGGGUGAACAUAGUUUGGCAAAAGGCGAAGCAGUUGUUGUUAUCACAAGAGAAGUUGGACGCGUUGUACGUUGAGCUGGAGCGGCAAGACAAAGACGAGAUAAAAUGGAAACAUCAGAAACAAGAUGGGAAGGAUAAUCUCGGCGAAGCUGAGGCGAUUAUCAGACGGAAUUUGAUGAAUAUUAUGGAAAGGUACGGGUUGUUGGGUGCUGGGGAGGAAGGCAGGGAUCAUAUUGAGACGAAUCGGGCACACGACUCGUCGUUCAAGAAAGACGAGAGGCUAGAGAAAUUGUGGGAACACGCCAAAAAUGAAGCACAAUUUAGCAAAGAAGAAUUAGAAAAGCUACGCGAGGAACUAACUCACCAUCACGAUAAAUGGAAGCAGUACAGGGAUUUGGUUGGAAUUGUUUCUGCACAUAAAGACAGACAGAAUAACAUUGUUGGAAAGAACAUACCACAUGAGGAAGCUUUCUCAAAGCUUCAAGAGGAAAUGAACAUGAAGUGUAGAGAAGUGGACAGCAGCUACUGUCGAUUAAAAAAGAAAGUUUUGUCUGGAGCUCCCAAUGAAGAAUUUCAAGACCAUCGUGUCAGAGAUUUGUGGAAAAGAGCCCAGGUUCAAGGGUACUCGGAGGAAGAGCUUGACAUCAUGAAAGAAGAAUUACGGCAUUUUGAUAACAGGAUAGCAAAGCAUGAUGACCUUCAAGAACAGCUUGAUGUUGCAGAGGAUAUGCUUAACAAUGGCCAGGAUCACAUUAAACCCAAGUUUGAAAAGUUGACUGAAAAAGUGAACGAACACAGAGAAUAUAUAAAGAAGUUACACACAACACUGGAAAAAAGAAUAGGACCUCGUAAUGAGUUGUGAUUGAAAUUACUUUCAAGAAGUGAUGGUCAGAUACUAAAGUAUGGUGUAUGCAUAUCAUAUGGUAUAUGGAUUAAAUUCUUGUGAGUGUAAUGCUUGGAAGAUGGUUGAAUUUGAUGAAUAUUAUGGAAAGGUACGGGUUGUUGGGUGCUGGGGAGGAAGGCCAGGAUCAUAUUGAGACAAAUCGGGCACACGACUCGUCGUUCAAGAAAGACGAGAGGCUAGAGAAAUUGUGGGAACACGCCAAAAAUGAAGCAGGAAAACCGACAUUCCACGUCUUCAAGCGGUUGGCACAAGCGUAGCUAUGAUCGUCACUCGCGGCGUGAUAGGCCAUGAUGUCAUUUCAUUUCUGGAAUCGACUGGAAAGACUGAAGAAGCUGCCUCAUGUUGGUACAGUCCAGAUCCAAAAUGGGUUUUUAUAUUCAACUGUGCAACUUUCAAAUGUAUGGGAGUCAAAAUAGUCCACUACAAUUGAAGAAAAGUUACGCGCUGUUUCGAAACCAAAGCAACUGCACCAUUAGGAUUAGAAAUAAUCUCAACGAAGGACGAAGACUCCAGAUCAACAUCGUCUUUCAAUUCUCCUGUUUCUGAGAAACUACAAAGAUGUUCACGGUGAAACGGACAAAGAAUAGACACAAAUAUCGUGAUUAUUCGCAUCACGGGGAGAGUUCGUUUCAACGUGAAUACGAUAGAAGAUUUCGACAGGAAAACCGACAUUCCACGUCUUCAAGUGGUUGGCACAAGCGUAGCUAUGAUCGUCACUCGCGGCGCGAUAGGCGAUGAUGUCAUUUCAUUUCUGGAAUUGACUGGAAAAGACUGAAGAAGCUGCCUCAUGUUGGUACAGUCCAGAUCCAAAAUGGGUUUUUAUAUUUUACUGUGCAAUUUCAAAUGUAUGGGAGUCGAAAUAGGUGGGUGAGAAUUGAGAGGGUGGGUGAGGCAUUGUGUGUGAGGAGACCACUAGAGGUAUUUUACAAUUAAAUUACAGAAACAUUGUCAAUGGUAUUGUAUUUUUAUAUAAACAAUGGCUAUAGUCUAUUUUAUCAUUUAGAGCUAUAGUUUUUUGUAUACAUUCUUGUUCCAACAUCUGGUAAGCAGAAAGUUCUGGUACACAAGCUCUCCUGUUUCUGAGAAACUACAAAGAUAACGUCCAUCGUCAGUUAAAACCAGGAUCCG